AUGAACGCAGAUACGUGCGUCUCAUACUGCGAUAUGACAUCGAUGGAUUCAUAUUAUAGUGCGUCUACUGCGCCAGCGAGGGACCACCAAACCAACCCAUUCAGGACUUUUCCCAGCACCGAGACGAAGUACAGCCCAACGUACCUCUCCGGCGCCAAGGGCCCGGCGUACGGAGAGAAAUCCCGCAGCCCAUUCCAGCCGGAGUGCGUGGCGCUGGACGGCGCCGAGGACGGUACGUUCAAGUAUCAGCUCUUCAUGCAGAGACCCGGCUGCAAGACACCGCCAGAAGGAGGCAAACUCCACGCGGAGAAUGCGCACAACGGCACGCUCAUGACCUGCUACGCAGGCAAAGACAGCAGUGGUCUUGGCGAGUCUGACCUGCCCCCCAGCGUGGAGGCGUCUGGGAUGGAGAGCAGCUACAUGACCCUGAAGGACUCUGUGAAAGGCCCCGGAGAGAGGCCCGGCUCAGACCUGUCCAGCCCUUUGGACAAGAGCGAAGCGGAGAGCAACAAAGGCAAGAAGAGACGCAACCGCACCACGUUCACCAGCUACCAGCUGGAGGAGCUCGAGAAGGUUUUCCAGAAAACUCACUACCCAGAUGUGUAUGCGCGGGAGCAGCUGGCUCUGAGGACAGACCUGACAGAAGCCCGAGUGCAGGUGUGGUUUCAGAAUCGCAGAGCCAAAUGGAGGAAGAGAGAGAGGUUUGGUCAGAUGCAGCAGGUCCGCACACACUUCUCUACAGCCUAUGAACUGCCCCUACUCGCCCGGCCCGAGAACUACGCACAGAUCCAGAACCCCUCAUGGAUCAGCAGCACCAGCGCCGCCUCCCCUGUACCUGGGUGUGUGGUGCCCUGUGACACUGUCCCGUCCUGCAUGCCCCCGCACCCACAUGCCCCGAGCAGCGUGUCUGACUUCCUGGGGGUCCCGAGCCCCGGCAGCAGUCACAUGGGACAGACGCACAUGGGCAGCCUGUUCGGUGGGCCCGCCAUGACCGGAGGCAUCAACGGUUAUGAUCUCAAUGUCGACCCUGAUCGGAAGUCGUCGAGUAUAGCCGCACUGAGAAUGAAGGCCAAGGAGCACAGUGCUGCCAUCUCCUGGGCAACAUGA